AGUCUCCGCCCGCCCAGUACUGUAUGACUAUAGGGUCAGCAGAGUCCCACAGGUCGCUCUGCUAGGCUACCGGGAGCAUCAAGGCUGCAAAUGCUGGAUUGAGAAGCCACAACAGUGACUCUGCAUCAUGAACACUCUGUCUGAAGCAAAUGGCACCUUUGCCAUCCAUCUUUUGAAGAUGCUAUGUCAAGACAACCCUUCAGAAAAUGUGUGUUAUUCUCCUGUGAGCAUCUCUUCUGCUCUAGCUAUGGUCCUCUUGGGGGCAAAGGGACAGACCGCUGUCCAGAUAUCUCAGGCACUUGGUUUGAACAAAGAGGGAGACAUCCAUCAGGGUUUCCAGUGGCUUCUCAGUAACCUGAACAAGUCAGACAGAAAGUACUCCCUUAGAGUGGCCAAUAGGCUCUUUGCAGACAAAACUUGUGAAGUCCUCCCAACCUUUAAGGAGUCCUCCCUUAAGUUCUAUCAUUCGGAGAUGGAACAGCUCUCCUUUGCCAAAGAUGCAGAAGAGUCUAGGAGACACAUAAACACAUGGGUCUCCAAACAGACUGAAGGCAAAAUUCCAGAGUUGUUGUUAGGUGGCUCAGUUGAUUCAGAGACCAGACUGGUUCUCGUCAAUGCCUUAUAUUUCAAAGGAAGGUGGCAUCAACCAUUUAACAAAGAAUACACAAUGGACAUGCCCUUUAAAAUAAGCAAGGAUGAGAAAAGGCCAGUGCAGAUGAUGUGUCGUGAAGACACAUUUGACCUGGCCUAUGUGAAGGAGGUGCAGGCACAAGUGCUGGUGAUGCCAUAUGAAGACAUGGAGCUGAGUUUCGUGGUCCUGCUCCCAGAUGAUGGCGUGGACAUCAGCAAGGUGGAAGAAAAUCUCACCUUUGAGAAGUUAAUAGCCUGGACCAAAGCAGACUUUAUGGAGAACACUGAUGUUGAAGUUUUCCUUCCAAAAUUUAAACUCCAAGAAGAUUAUGACAUGGAGUCUGUGUUUCAGCACUUGGGAAUGGUGGAUGUCUUCCAAGGGGACAAGGCUGACUUAGCAGCAAUGUCUCCAGAGAGAAACCUGUGUGUGUCCAAGUUUGUUCACAAGAGUGUAGUGGAGGUCAACGAGGAAGGCACAGAGGCUGCAGCAGCCUCUGCCGUCAUAGAAUUUUGCUGUGCCUCUUCUGUCCCAACAUUCUGUGCUGACCACCCCUUCCUUUUCUUCAUCAGGCACAACAAAACCAACAGCAUCCUGUUCUGUGGCAGGUUCUCAUCUCCAUAAAGGCACAUUUACUGUGUGAGGAAAGUUCACACUUCAGUAUCUCCACCAUUCCUACAUCUCUGUCAGGAUGGGCAAGUAGGGGGAAACCAUGUUCAAAGAUGAGGGCACUUUCUUCCUGUCAGUCUGGUAUUAUGAUGCCAGCAUUCAGCUCUCCCUGUUCUGAAUGCAUCUGUGCCUUUUGCCAAGUUAUGUCUAAUGAUGCCAUAUACCCUCUGCUAUGCCACUGAUACCCAUAAUUUAUAGCCAAUAAUUUAUAGCAAGUUAGAACUGAUUUCACUGUGUGGGAAUGCUAUGACAGAGCUGGAGAGAAGGCACAGAUGGUAGGAAAGGUUGCUGCUCUUGCAGAGGACACAGGGACAUUUCCCACCACCAACAUAGCUGCUUACAACCUCUGGAAAUCCCAGCUUCCAUCCAUGACUUGACGCCUUUCUUUGGCUGUUACUGGCUCCAGCAUCCUGCAUAUGCACACAUCCUCACUCAGAGUUACGCACAAACAUGUAAAUUUUUAAAAAUAAAUAAAAGUUUAAAAAGAGUCUUAAAUUUCA